AUGAUGGAGUUUAUAUUCAGAGCACCAAUCAAAUUAAGCAAGCCUGGGGAACUUCGUGAGGAAUAUGAAAGCCUGAGAAAGAUGAGAGAAGAAAAAUUACAAGAGGAAAAAACCUGUGAAGACCAAAUCCACAAGCUGUUACCAGAAGAUACAGAAGCAGGGAAAAGGAAAAUGGAUGAACAGAAAAAAAGAGAUGAGCCAUUAGUACUGAAAACAAAUCUGGAACAUUAUCCUGCACGUCUCUCAGAUUCAGAGAAUGAAGAACCUUCUCGAGGCCAGAUCACACAGACGCAUCGCUCGGCAUUUGUUUCCAAGAACAAUUCCUACUCCUUAGCUUUCCUGGCAGGGAAGCUAACCUCCAAGGUGGAGAGGAGUCAGAGCUGCAGUGACGCAGGUCAGGACAGAGUGCGGAGCAGACUUCGAGCAGCUGCAGCCAGCAAAGCCAAGGUCACAACUAUGACUCCAACCUCCAACCCCAUCAUAGGUGUCCUCUUAUCCACCCAAAACAACCGCUGCCUUUCAGCCCCUGACUUAGCCAUUGAAAAGCGUCUAGCCUUCAAUUCCCUCUCAUCGUUGGCUUCCCUGCAUAAGCCAGAACGCUCUAUCAGUCCAGAGAGCAAUGACAGCAUCUCUGAGGAACUAAACCACUUCAAGCCCAUCGUCUGCUCUCCUUGUACUCCUCCCAAGAGACUUCCCGAUGGCCGUGUGCUCAGUCCUCUUAUCAUCAAGUCAACUCCCCGCAACCUGAGCAGAAGCCUGCAGAAGCAGACAUCUUAUGAGGCCAGUCCACGGAUCCUCAAAAAGUGGGAACAGAUCUUUCAGGAGCGGCAGAUCAAAAAGACCCUUUCAAAAGCCACUCUCACCUCCCUGGCUCCUGAAAUAGGGGAAGACGUAUUAGGUUCUGAAGUUAUCCAUUCUAGCAAGGAGAAGACACUUGUGGCUUUAAAUCCAAGACUGUCCAGUGGGCAGGUACCCUCUGCAUGUACUGCACCCACUCCCACUGAGCUUGAAUACUUCCCAUCUGCCAGCCAAAUGAAAGGAGACCAGUACAGGGAGAAUCAGAGGAGCAGUAAGACUCCAUUGGAAACUUGCUGUUUCUCAGAACUCAAAGGGGGAGUCAGUGGAACUUCUUUGGAGAGGGAACAGUUUGAGGGGCCAGGGUCAACCCCAGAUGCCAAGGCAGAUAAAACCUGUAUAAGCACAGCCAUGAAAAUCUCAGCGGUUAGUUCAGUGCUACCCAAAAACAGUGUUUUGGGUGGGGUCCUCAAAACAAAGAAACAGCUGAAGACAUUCAAUCAUUUUGAGCUGACCAAUGGUGUCCUGGUAGAUAAUCUAGGUGAGGAGCCACUUCCUUCCUUGCGUCGGGGCCGGAAGAGACACUGUAAGACUAAGCACUUGGAACAAAAUGGCUCCAUUAAGAAACUGCGACAGAGUGGUGGUGAGGUGGGUCUGGCCCCAGCAGACCCAGUGUUGCGAGAGAUGGAGCAGAAACUGCAGCAAGAGGAGGAGGACCACCAGCUGGCCCUGCAGUUGCAGCGUGUGUUUGACAACGAGAGGCGGACUGUGAGCCGGCGAAAAGGCAGCGUGGAUCAGUAUCUUCUGCGGUCCAGUAGCAUGGCUGGGGCCAAGUAGCAGUUAAUGGACAAUGUUCCUUGUUUUUAAGAGGCCUUUGGACUUGAUCAUUUCUCCGAGAGCUGAGUGUUCUCACUUUGGGUUUCUUUUAAUGGCAAAACACUGUCUGAUGUGGUUCUGAGAGGUUCCAGGGCCUUCGUAGUCAGUGUCUGAGGGAACCGCAUCUCUUGCUCUGUGACCCAGACCAGAAACAUUCCAUCCCCCUUGAGAGACCUGUUGCUGAGGGCUUCUGGGUUAAAUCCAGCAGCACCUACUUGGAAUGAGAUUCGGAAUGGCCUCAUUCAGGAGCGUCUUGACCAGAGUUAGAAAUGGUAGAGGAAAGAGGGGAUACCUUCUCAAACUCUUAGUCCUCCUGACUUUUUUUCAACAGGGUGUUGUUUUAAAUCAGCCUUGCAGAUAAAAAUUCAUUCUUUUCCAAGCAGUGGGACAGUGUAGUUCUUUGGCAGAUCUAAAAUGAUAGAUCAUAUUCUUUUUCCUCCUUUUUGUCAUAAGCAAAUAUAGGUGUUCUUUGACUUUUGAUGCGUUUGCAUCCUGAUAAACCCAUAAACUGAAAAUGUCAUAUAUUGAAGAUCUAUGUAAACAGA